GCUCAUGCCGGCUUGGCGCAUGACUUAUUACCAAGUUCAUAAAGUCAUUCACACCGUACGAUCCGCCUAGUAAAGUCAUCUCAACCUCAAAUUCAAAUUCCCUUACCACAUCACUCUAGGUAACCAUGCGUUUCGUUGCUUCGCCCCUGAUCGCGGCCUUGACGCUCCUUCAAGAUGCGGCAUCACACGAAUCCUCUACCGGCAUAGGCAACAGGCGCAUGCUUCACUAUCCUGAAGCAGCUCGUCCUCGAGACGGCUCCAUCAGAGUCUUUUCCGGCGACUCCGAUGACGACAGAAGCGAUGCAGCAGACCACGUACUCAAGCUUCCAAAUGCAACCGACGAAUGCCAUGCCAAAGACAGAAAUAUCUGCGCCGAGCUCAUCAUCGGCAAGGAUAGUGUCAACCAGCAAAUCCGCAUCGAUGAUAACGGAUGUACAGCAAUAAAAAAUGCUGCGGAUGUUACAGCCAUAAAAGUCUUCGACUGCUGGUGCGGACUAUGGAACGCUGCAGAUGAAACGGCUUGCAACAAUGGUGACGAUGAGGUGGUCGAUGAGUUAAGCAAUUGUGCAGGGCUGAAGACGCGUAAGGAUAGAGGAUGGAAGCUAACGCCUACGCAUAUUAGCUGCUUUAGGCAGACGUCGAAGAGUUGAAGAAAUAUGCAUUCGGGUGUUCUCAUCUAACG